CUCGGUAGCACUCAGGCUCUCGCGCGAACAACCCGCAUCCAGUCUCUCGCGCAUCCUUCAGCUCGAAAGUCCCAGAGCUCUCUCUUUCUUCGCGCGUACUCUCAGACUCCAACACCCAGACAUUCGACAGCGAUUUCAGGAGGAACUUCGAGCAGCAUCAUGGGAGGACCGGCUGCGCAGACCGUGAAUACGACGGAGAGGCUGAUUGGAUUGAGGAAAUUGAUGGAUGAGCAGGGGGUGGAGGCGUAUGUUGUGCCCAGCGAGGAUCAGCAUUCGAGCGAGUACUUGGCUUCUUGCGAUGAGAGGAGGGCAUUUAUCAGUGGAUUCAAUGGAUCUGCGGGAACGGCGAUCAUCACGAAGGAUAGAGCAUUCCUCUUCACGGAUGGGAGAUAUUUCCUACAGGCAGAGCAACAGCUUGAUCAUAACUGGACAUUGAUGAAGUCGGGCUUGCCUGACGUACCAACAUGGCAAGAUUUCAUCGCCAAGAGCCUUCCAAAAACUCUGAAAAUCGGGAUCGAUCCAGAGCUGAUUGGCGCAGCCGAGAAAAAGGCCAGCUUUCCGGAUACUCACUUCAUCUUCUCCGAGAACCUCGUAGACAAGGUCUGGGGCUCCGAACGUCCACCACGACCGAAGAACCCUACAUUCCCCUUGGACAUCAAGUUCGCUGGCCAGUCUCACGCGGAGAAGCUUGACAAGCUUCGUGAGGAGUUGAGGAGGAAAGAUGCGCAUGCGAUGGUGGUGACUAUGCUUGACGAAAUCGCCUGGUUAUUCAACAUGCGUGGAUCGGAUAUCGACUUCAAUCCAGUAUUUUUUGCAUACGCCGUCGUCACUCUCGACAAGGCGCUCCUCUUCAUCAAUCCGGAACAGGUGGACGACAAGUUGCGACAACAUCUAGGCUCGCAUACUGAGAUCAAAGUGUACACCGGCUUCUUCAAGCACUUGAAGUGGCUUGUCGACGAUAUCAAGUCGUUCACCACCUCGUCUCCGAAGAUCCUGCUCGGUGACAAAGCCAGCGUCGCAGUCGCAGAAGCUAUCGGAACCUCCAACAUCGAAAUCACCCGCUCCCCCGUCGCGGACCUCAAAGCCAUAAAAAACCCCACCGAACUCGAAGGAUUCCGGAACUCGCACAUCCGGGACGGGGCCGCCCUCGUGCGUUACUUUGCUUGGCUAGAGGAGAGGCUCAGCAGCAAAGAGGCCGGAGAGAUCAACGAGUUUGAUGCGGCGGGGGUGUUGGAGAAGUUUAGAUCGGAGUUGGAUCUGUUCAAGGGCUUGUCGUUCCCUACGAUUUCGUCGACUGGGCCGAACGGAGCGAUUAUCCACUACUCGCCGGAACCUCACGGGAGUGCGAUCGUGAAGAAGGAUCAGAUAUAUCUCUGCGACUCCGGAGCUCAGUUCCUGGAUGGGACAACUGACGUUACGCGCACAUGGCAUUUCGGUACACCAACAGCAGAGGAGAAACGUGCAUUCACAAGGGUGCUACAAGGCCAUAUCGCCAUCGACUCUGCUAUCUUCCCGAAUGGGACUUCUGGGUACAUCAUCGAUACGUGGGCUAGAAGGCCUUUAUGGCAGGAUGGUCUCGAUUACAGGCAUGGAACGGGGCAUGGUGUCGGACAUUUUUUGAACGUCCAUGAAGGUCCCCAAGGGCUCGGCACUCGGAUCGCAUACAACAACACACCACUGAAAACCGGAAUGACGGUCUCAAACGAACCCGGGUAUUACGCGGACGGGCGCUUCGGUAUCCGUAUCGAGAACGUGGUCCUCGUCCGGGAGGCGAAGACGCCGAACAACUUUGGAGGGAAAGGGUUCCUGGGCUUCGAACACGUCACAAUGUGUCCUAUCCACAAGAAACUGGUCGAUGCCGAGCUGUUGACGGUGAAGGAGAGGGAGUGGUUGGAUGCGUACCAUAAAGAGGUAUGGGAGAAGGUGUCGCCGUUGUUGAAGGGUGAUUCGAAGACGCUUGAGUGGCUCGAAAGGGAAUGUUCUCCCUUGUAAGCUCUUGAUCAAGAUGCCCCAAGAAUUGAACGACAUGCUUUUUCGGUGGCAAGAGUGUUGAGUGGGUGACAUUGAAUGAAUAGCAGGAGUUCCAUUCUCGUGCCAUACGGUGUUCUCCGGGACCUACAAGCAUCGACGAGGCCCGUACGUUGUCGUCAACCAACAUUUUCUCAGGCUGUCAGGUCGGCGUAAUAUGAAGUCCAUAUCUAUACUUAAUCGCAUUUCGGUGGCGCUAUGUACCUUGAGUCCCGGGCCUUAUUUUACAGUCAUGCCGCCACAGCCUUGUCCUGAAAUGCUUCGCAGUGGCGUAUGCCUUCGACAAGGAUGUCCCUUGAACCACGAUAUUGAGCAUUGUGGACCAUGCGACCGGAAUAUUCCCGCGUCUCAGAUGCUAGAGCAUGUCCAAGGUAGAACUCACAGAGCACGAGUCACUUCCAACGGCACGCGUACUCCCACUGCACCACAACCGCCACGUCCACCACAGCCGCCACCACGAUCGACCCCGAGUGCGCCGCCGCCACCCGUUCCGAACCGUACCCGGGCGAGUCCCAAUCCGAACAUCCAGUCGCCCCGACCUCCUGCUCAUCAGCGCACUGUCUCUGGAAUCUCGAUAUGCAGCAUCUGCAAUUUGCAUGUUCGGACGGAGGAGUUAGAGGCUCACAUUCGGCAGCAUGCUCGUCCUGCCCCUGCCCCCGUGGGAGGACCUGCUGGCACUUCACGCGCUCGAGCAGCUUCGGCUACUCCUGCGCAAAAUGGCGAACCGGUGCCUCUGGGGAAGAGGAUCUGUGAGGAUUGUGGACAGUUGGUUUGGAAGAACAGCUGGGUGAAGCAUCUUAGGUCGGAGGGCCAUCGAAUGAAUGUCGAAGGUCACGCAAGUCCUGACCUGGAUACAGCUCAGGGUGACGGAGAUGGAGGUGUAGAGGACGAUAUUCAAGUCUCACACAUCGAUGGCAGGGAUUUUGGAACGGUUGAACGGGAUACGGUGACGGAGGAAUUCCCGACCGUAACGCUCAAUUUCUCGGUGACGAAGAGAAGGCCGCAGGCGUCGUUUUCUUUGAGGCGUGUAGAGGUUGUCCCGGUCGAUGAUCAAAACCCGGCCGCUACAAUCACGCAGGGCUUCACUGCGAUUAUUGAAGGCCGUCCACCCGUACCUAUCGACCGUGUCGUAACAGUACGAGCCUCGUUUCAGCCGCAGUAUGAAAGUCGUUUCGAAGAUACUCUCAACUUCGUCUUUCUGGACCAUCAUACGCAAUCAGACAUCAUCAUCUCCAGAGCUCUACGGGGCAUCGCUGGUUCUGCAGACGACCACGAGAAUUUGCGACCUCGAUAUCCUCACAUUCCUCCCCAUCGUCCUCCUCCUGAGCCCCCGCGGGUAUUCAUACCUUUGACGCCGCCGACCUGGACGCGUAAUCGCUGGGAGUCAUAUCUCGAACAAUUCCCGCUUCCACAGGACGUUGUUGAUGCGAUCCCAGCCGAGCAUUACGAGCACGCCGCAGAGAGAAUAGCGAGGAACUUGGUUCCGCGAUCAUUCAAUCUUCAAUCAUACGAGAACUUCUUUCAUUCCUUGCUCUACAUCGAAGAAGGCGCACAACAGCACGAGCUCAGUCGAACCAGAAUUCCCGAAGUCAGCGUCGAAUCGGAUUUUCCUAGAUAUAAAAUCCGUCUGACGGAUGAGAGGGAAAACGAAUUACCUGAAGUUAAGAUCGGAGACUACGUGCUCUUAGACGACAUCGCGUCCGACUUACAAUACGAAGGGUGUAUCCACAAAUUGGAAAGCAGAUUUCGAGGUCAUUUUACGGAGCUCAUGGUAACGAUCCGGAUGCCCGAAGAAUUCAACGUCUACCACAAUAAUACGUUCAACGUUAGGUUCAAGCUGAACCGGAUGACACUCCGUCGUAUGCAUUCUGCUGUGUCCAGUCCGUACAAGCCGGAGUGCACACGCCUGUUGUUCCCUUCACGCGAGGACGCUCGACUUCCUGUGGUCCCUACCGAUUUCGAAUUCGAGCCCUAUAAUCCUAGAAUUCUAGACGAUCCACAACAACGCCAGGCAGUCGAGUCUAUAGUUCACCAGCCUCGCGAGAGUGCUCCUUUCAUCAUAUUUGGCCCCCCGGAACAGGAAAGACCGUAACGGCUGUCGAAGCCAUCCUACAGGUACUCAAAUACAAUCCCGAGUGGAAAGUGUUGGCGUGCGCACCCAGCAAUACCGCCGCAGAUCUCCUCGCCAUACGCUUAUCCUCCCACCUUUCCGAAGACGAGAUGUUCCGUCUCAACGCCAUAUCGAGACCAUUAAACGAGUGCCCAGGAGCGCUGCUGCCGUACUGCAACAUCAACGACCACGACGUCUUUGCCUUUCUCUCCCGAGAAGAACUCAAGAAGUUCCGGGUGGUAGUAUCAACUUGCAGUUCGGCCGGCGUCGUGUCGAGCCUCAACCUCACUCGGGGCCAUUUCAGCCAUGUCUUUAUUGACGAGGCGGGACAGGCUGAGGAGCCGUUGGCGAUGAUCCCGAUUUUGGGUGCGGUUGGGCCGGAGACGAGGGUGGUUUUGGCGGGAGAUACCAACCAGCUGGGGCCGAUCAUCAAGUGUCAUACUGCCGCAAGGCUUGGUUUGAAGCUCAGCUACCUCGCGCGUCUACAGGCGAUCGACGAGGUAUAUAAUCUUGGAGAGAAUCGCGGUAGAACCAUCGUCAAGUUGAUUCAGAACCGCCGAUCGCAUGGGUCUAUCAUCGCGUUCUCUAAUCGAUACUACUACGAAGACGAACUGAGAGCGACUGCUCGCCAGGAGGUGACGAAUAGCCUGUUCGGCUCACCAGUCCUCCAGAAUCCACAAUUCCCAGUCGUUUUUCAUGGUAUAUAUGGACAAAACCAACGGUCAGGUCGUUCGCAGUCGUACUUCAAUGUCGGGGAAGCUUCUUUAGUCAAGGCGUACUGUAUUCGACUCGUGAACGAUCCUCUGAGACAUGUCGAACCCGCUGAGAUUGGCGUUAUUACACCUUAUCGGGCGCAGGUGAAGAGAAUCAAAACGCUCCUCUUCAGUGCUGGCUUCGGCUUGGAGGCAGUGAUGGUAGGAUCGGUGGAACAAUUCCAAGGACAGGAGCGCCGCAUUAUCAUCUUCUCCACUGUCAGAAGCAACAUGGCCACGAGCCAACAGGCCUCGAUGGGAUUCCUGGUAGAUCGUCGUCGACUCAACGUUGCUCUUACACGCCCAAAGGCCCUCCUCGUCGUGAUCGGCGACCCAUGCGUACUAGGCAUGGACUUACUAUGGCGCGCGUUCCUGAACUUUGUGCACUUCCGCGGCGGCUGCACGGGGAAAUCAUUCAACUGGAAUCCACAGGAACAGAUGCUCCCUCCUGGAUAUGAGGAGGUGGAAGAUCAGGAGCGGGCUCUCAUUGAAGGAGAGGAGUUCGUAAAUGGGGUCAGGUCAUCGAUCUUCAGGUGGCGAGAGAGUUAGUAUGAUGGGAAAGUUUUCCAUGCGAGAUACCUGUAAAUAUGUCGAUGGUGCCCGUUGAUAGUUCGAUGAUCAUCGUACAUACAGCUCAAUGGACAUUAUCGUCUUGAAUCGA